AUGGGAUCGAACAAGAGGAGCAUGUACUCGUACAAGUUCAAAGAUCCUAAAUUAGACAGUCUACAAGAAUUGGUUUCUCAGCUUCAUCCAGUCUACAAGAUCAACUUUGGGAAGGAUUAUGGCAAUCUGCUCAGUCUCUUGAACAAAGAAGCAGGCCCACUGGUACUUUUGACCUUGGCCCAGUUUUAUGAUUCGCCAAUGAGAUGUUUCACCUUCCAGGAUUUUCAAAUAGCACCAAUGUUGGAGGAAUUUAAACAUCUUGCUGGUAUUCCCAUAAAAAACAAACUGCCAUUUAUGGGUGUCGAAGGGACCUUGGAACAUGAAGUUAUAGUCGCUGCCCUUCACAUGCAUAAGAAGGAGGUUAUUGUGAACAUGGGAGUGAAAGGAAAUACCAAAGGGUUUCCACUAAAUUUUCUUAUAGAGAGAGCUUACACCUUGUUGGAAGCCCAAAGCUGGGAGGCUUUCUACGCUACUAUUUCCUUGGCUAUUUAUGGAAUCGUUUUGUUCCUAAAUUUCGAUGAUUUCGUAGACAUGACUUCCAUUGGCAUCUUACUCACGAAGAAUCUAGUGUCUAGCCUUCUUGCUGAUGUGGGUCCUUUUGUGGAUCAGAAGGAUGCUAGUUGGCCCCAGAGGUUGGGAUCACUUCGCUUCAGCGAUAUUUCCUGGUACUCUAGGGAGUAUGAUGGUACAGAAACCAUAUCCAGUUGUGGGGGCUUCCCCAACAUACCACUUAUUGGUACUCGAGGUUGUAUUAAUGCUAAUCCAGUCUUAUCCAUGAGACAACUUGGGUACCCAAUGGAGGAACCCCCUGAGGAGAAGUUUUUGGAAGCCUUUUUGCUGCAUGACCUGGGAGUUGAGAAUCCGACUUUGUUUGCAAGAAUCAAGAAGGCAUGGGAAAAGGUCAACAGGAAAGGUAUGGUAGACCUAGGAAAGAAUAAUUGCAUCACCAAAGAGCCAUACUUUCAAUGGAUAAAAGAAAGAGUAAGAUCAAUCAAGAUGCCUUUCAAAAUAGAGACGUAUGGUCCUCUUCCCGAGCCUAAACCUAUUCAUCUCCCAAUUGAGGAGGCAGAAGGACUCCGAGCUUCUUUAGAGAAACUUACAAAGGAAAAUGAAGAGCUACUGAAUAACCUACACCUGGUCACUAAUGAAAAGAAUUAG